AUGAUGGGCUUCCUACGCCGGCUUCACCAGCUCGCGCAGACGGUUUCAGACAGCGGACGAACGGGACGGGAAAGGAAGAGGGAACCGGCGAACCCGCGCCUCGCGCACCAGCAGCAGGUCGUCCACCGCGCCAGCCGUGGUGACCGGGGAGCGGCCGUCACAUCCAGCGGCUGGACCGACAAGGAUGCAAUCACGCUCGCGUGCUGCUGCUGGAUGGGUCGGACGUUAACGUGGAUAUACAAACAGAAAAGGUCAAAGGGCCAGGAGCUGUUUGACCAGAUCAGGUAUCAUCUGGACCUGGUGGAGGCUGACUACUUUGGACUGCAGUUCAUGGACCCAGAACAAGUCUCACACUGGCUGGAUGUGUCCAAGCCCAUAAAGAAACAGAUCAGAGAUGGUCCUCCAUACAGACUGUUCUUCAGGGUGAAGUUCUACUCCUCAGAGCCCAAUAACCUACAUGAGGAGUUCACCAGGUACCUGUUUGUGCUGCAGCUUCGACAAGACAUUCUGUCCGGCAAGUUGAAGUGUCCAUAUGAUGUCUCAGUAGACCUGGGGGCCUACUGCUUACAGAGUGAGCUGGGGGACUGUGACCCUCUAGAGCAUUCUCCUGAGCUGGUGUCAGAGUUCCGCUUCACACCCAAACAGAGUGAAACCAUGGAGGCAGACAUCUUUAACAAGUGGGUGGACCUAAGGGGUAAGGAUCCAUCCCAGGCAGAGACAAACUUCCUCAACAAGUGUAAAUGGCUGGAGCUGUACGGAGUGGACAUGCACUUUGUCAAGGGAAGGGACGGAGCGGAGUACGCUCUGGGUCUCACUCCCACUGGCAUCCUGGUGUUUGAGGGCUCCACCAAGAUAGGCCUCUUCUUCUGGCCCAAGAUCACCCACCUGGAUUUCAAAAAGAGUCGACUCACCCUAGUGGUGACGGAGGACGAUGAUCAGGGGCGGGAGCAYGAGCACACWUUUGUGUUCCAYUUGGACAGUUCGAAGACGUGUAAACACUUGUGGAAAUGUGCUGUGGAGAGCCACGCCUUCUUCCGGCUGCGCCAGCCCACUGCUGGGAAGGCCUCCAGCAGUGACUUCACACGCCUUGGAUCACGCUUCAGGUUCAGUGGAAAGACUGAGUACCAGGCGACCCACGGAGGGAGGCUGAGGAGGGCCAGUACGUUUGAGAGGCGACCCAGCAAGAGAUACCCCUCCCGCACUCACUCACUGGGGGGCAAGGCCCUCUCUCCAGCCAAACCACCACAUAUCAGGUGGGUCCCUGAGAGCACAGGACAACCAAGCAUGUACAGAGCCCUUAGAAACGCCCACACCAGCCCCGAACCUAGUCUACACCCGUACCAGCGUAACAUCCCUAUAGCCCAMGAGCCUUGGCACCCAGCCCUCACACCCCCCAUCUACCUACAACACUCAGGACACACAUCCCCGCACAGUUUCCCUCUGAGUGGUCCUGUCCUGGGAGGGGAGCAGCAGUUCAGUGUUGAGGAGAACGAGACGCCGUACUCUGGAAGCAUACACCAUCGCCACCGCAGACACACACACUACGACAACAGCCAGGAGACUUACUGUCACACACACAGCAAGACAAAGAGAGAAGAUCUGGGUGAACACCCCACUGUGGCCCUCCAGAUCUGGGUGAAACCCCACUGUGGCCCUCCAGAUCUGGGUGAAACCCGACUGUGGCCCUCCAGAUCUGGGUGA